AUGAGCCCUGGUGGGUAUCUGCGAGGGGCCGAGGAGUUGAGGGCCCUGGAGAGCCCAGAUCGUUCUCACACGCUGCCCAGGUCCGUUCUGUUUGCCCUGAUCUUCCUGGCGGUGGCACAGGUCGGCUGCACUUUGGGACUGUUCCUAUACUUCAAGGCACAGAUGGAUCCAGGCUGGAUAUCAAAUCAGCUGCCAGAUGACAAACAAAAAUUGCUCUUAUUUGAACAGUUAAAGCAGAAAUUCAGCGCUGCUGGACAAAAGGAUGUACCAGAUAUGGUAUCAGAGAAACAAGUCCAUGUAGGCAACGCUGUGAUAGAUGCAUCAAACACCCUAAGGGACAGCAAUCCUCAGAAGUGGCCAGUCGCACAUCUCACCAUCGCCAAUGUUACAACAACUGAUGACACCAAAGUGAACCUUACAUCCUGGUAUUACAAAGAAGGCUGGGCGAACCUACAAAAUAUGAGUUACAAUAAUGGAAAACUCAAAGUCUUACAAGACGGAUUUUAUUUCAUUUAUGCAAAUAUCUGUUUUAGACAUCACAAAGGUUCAAAAAAAGCAUUAGGAGACAAAGCCCUGCAACUCUUGAUGUAUAUCUGUAAAACAAACAAGAACCGGAGGCCCUUUCAGACGCUGAUGAAAGGAGGAAACACAGAGGUUUGGUCAAGAAACUCUGUCUACAACUUCUAUUCUGUUUAUCAAGGAGGUGUUUUUAAGUUACUGGCUGGUGAGGAAAUAUUUAUCCAAGCAUCUUAUUCACAAUUGUUGGACGUGGCUCCGGAAGCGACCUACUUCGGAGCUUUCAAAAUUCUCGAUCUACAUGUGUAAUUGUAUUCACAUUUGUGUGCCAUGUUCAAAACACAGGACUAAAGGAACUGAAGAACACAUGUAACACUGGUUAGCGAGUUUUGGUUUCUUAUAGAGAGUCCAUCUUUAGUUGCGUGAGUCUUUUUUGCACCAGUUCAAAUGUUUUGACCUCAUAAGAAUAUUGAGGAGAUCAAACUGGGUAAAAAAACAAGGGUACUUUAUAAUGCAGUUCUGUUUAUUUUCAAGAAUUUCCAAUGGGCCGGACCCUUUAAGGAUAUAAUGAAGACUAUUUUCCUAGUUUAAUUGGCAGCUAUAUUAAAGCCCUUAAGGAAGGGUCACUUAUGGCUUACAGGCCUCCACUUUCAAUGCUUUGCCUUCAUCUAACUGUAAUGAUUUUGUUUAUAUAUUAAGCAGCUUUCUUUCACAGCAAAAACAUAUCAGAAUAUAUUUCUUUAGUUAACUCCAGAUUAAAGAAUUGUUAAUGUCUUUGCUAUGGAGAAAAUGGUGCGCUAGAGGAUAUCAGAGCUACAACUUCAUGCUGGCAUGAAAUCAUAUAUUUUUUAUUCACAUAUCCCUCUGCUUCAUUCAUAAUUUUUCAAGGAAUGCUAUGAUGUCAUGGGAUCAGUGGGAUCAGUAGGGAAUUCGGACCUAGGCAACUAGGAUGGCAGCAUGAAAGUACAGCAGCCUCUGAGCCAAGUUACUAUGGUGAGAUUGCCCUAUUUAGUUGAUGGCUACUCUGGUGCACCACAGGUCUUGGUGAGCUGGAUGUCCUUGAAACCUU